AUGAUCACUCCAAUAAUAAAAAGAUCAAUCGUGACUAAAGUCUUCAUCCCAUCAACAGCAACAAGAUCAUUCCGUUUUUAUUCCAGUCUUCCCAAAUUCGGUACUGAUUAUCAACCAGGUCCACCAAAACUUCCAAAAGAUCAACAAGAAGAAUUUGAAAGAUUACAAAAUAUAGCUAAUUCCCAAAUAGCAAUCGAAGAAUAUAAUGAACAGAUAAAUACAACAGGUGCUUCUAGUAGUGAUGUUGAAACUCCAAUUAAACCUGCCCCUGCUUUGAAGUCAGAAACAGAUAUGGGGAAUUUUUCAUAUUUGAAACCUAUACCUGACUUUGAAGGGGAUGUGAACCCCAAGACUGGAGAAAGGGGGGGUCCUAAACAGGAUCCUUUGAAGCAUGCUGAUGAAUGGACUUAUAAUGGAAGAGUCAUUGAUUUUUAG